UGAAGAUUCCUCUACAACAUUUUGUUGUUUAUUGCUCUAAUUAUUCAUUUUGAUUCAUACGUCAUAUAAUUUAUGUUAUAAAUGGCGGUGGAUUCAAUACGAGAUUAUUUAAUAUUUCGGUUAUUUAAUUAAUGUUAAUUUGUUUGUUAUGGUCUUCAUUUUCUUCGAUGAGCCAAUAAGCAAAUCCGAGAGCUUAGUGUGAAGUGAAGAAGAGUUUCAAUGGCGGCAAUUUUUUCUCUCUUCCUUUUCUUCAUUCUCUUCAUCGUCUCUCUUCUCAUCAUCUUAUCUUUCAUCGUACGGCCAAGAUCCGUCACGAUCCCCAUCAAGUUUCGCCACGUCUUCAUCACCGGUGGAUCAAGCGGAAUCGGUCUCGCUCUCGCUCACCGUGCCGUCUCCGAAGGCGCUAAAGUCUCCAUCCUCGCUCGUUCAACUGAAAAGCUCGCCGAAGCCAAACGAUCCAUCCAGCUAGCUACCGGUGUCGAGGUCGCCACGUUCUCUGCGGACGUUCGCGAUUACGACGCCGUUUCGAAAGCGAUUGAUGAAUCGGGACCGAUCGAUGUGUUGAUUGUUAAUCAAGGCGUGUUUAUUGGGAAAGAGCUUGAGAAACAGAGUCCUGAGGAGGUUAAGUUUAUGAUUGAUGUGAAUCUGACUGGGAGCUUCAAUGUGAUUAAGGCGGCUUUACCUGCUAUGAAAGCUAGGGAAGGUCGUGGUCCUGCUUCCAUUUCUCUUGUGUCCUCUCAAGCUGGUCAGGCAGGUAUAUAUGGUUACACUGCAUAUUCAGCGAGCAAGUUUGGGCUUCAGGGUUUAGCGCAAGCAUUGCAGCAAGAAGUUAUUUCUGAUGGCAUUCAUGUGACUCUCUUGUUUCCUCCUGACACUGAUACACCCGGGUUUGAACAAGAACUGAAGAAGAGGCCAGAGCUAACUUCAAUCAUAGCCGCAUCAUCUGGCUCAAUGAAAACCAAUGAAGUAGCCAAAAUAUGUUUUGAUGGUAUCAAAGCAGGAAAAUUCACAGUGACAUGCCAUUUUAUUGGCUUCUUACUAUCUAUUGCUAGCACCGGCAUGUCCCCUCAGGGAUCUUUUUGGCUUGCACUCACUGAAGUUAUGUUUGGUGGUCUAAUAAGACUCGCCAGCUUGGUUUUCCAAUGGCAAUGGUACAAAACCAUAGAAAAGUGGAGCCAAAGAAAUAAAAAAGAAGUAAAUAGUAAGUUAGCUUAGGUUAUCAAAGUAAUUGUUUUUGGUAUGAACCAUUAUCUCUUUGGAACAGGUUUAUGAUUUUGUAGAGGUUGAUAAGAAAAGAUUCAUGACAUCUACUAUGAUCAGUCUUUUGUAUAGUGUACACUGAACAGGUUCAUAUUUUCUAGUUCCAACUUCGGAUUUUGUUGACAAUUUAAAUAGGGAAAAAUGUUAUUUAAUACCUGAACUUUCAAAAAGUGGCCAAAUUAACCGUGAACUCUUAAAAUAACCGUUUUAUACCUCAACAAAAAGUUGACUUCUAAUUUAAUCUAUAAGUUAUCGUUGACCUAACCAAAUCGACUCACCAUUAACAGUCAUGAACAACUUUCCUAACUGCGUAACUAACAGCUGU